CUUCUAUUCCGUCCACAACCAUUUGAACCAUUUGAAUUUGAACUAUUUAGAGAUCCAAAUCUGUACUACGAGACCAAAGUAAAAGUUGAAAUCAAUAAGACUGUUUGUACUAAAUUUUCACGAAAAUAUGGACGUUAGCAACAGAACAUCGGAUGUUUGAAGCUGUUAAAUAUUAGACUUGUUUAUCUAACUUAACCGAAGCUCGCUUCUAUGGAUAUGAUGAGUCUCAAUUCGUAAACCCGAACAUAUGGUUUUUAAAACAUAUCGCCCAGUACAGACGUCUCUAAGCGUUUGGUUAAAAAAUUCCUUACUGACUCAUCAGAUCCUUUUUUUGUUAUUAAUGGGAAUUCUUGUGGGCUUAUCAUGUUGGUUACUAAUUUGGACAUCUCGAUUUUCUGAAUUCGAAAUUAUCAUGAAAUCCUAUUACUUUUCUUCCGGAAAGCUUAUAUUGCUUAUUUCAUCUAUAGUUGGGGCUGGAGUGGCUGUUUUUGGAUAUUGCAUUUUCAACGUUGAUAGUCCUACUUUGUUAUUAAUUCAUAUAAUUAGCAACUUCAUCCUAGUUUCGGCGUUUCUUUCAGUAAGCGUUUGUGGAUUUUUGCUAUUACUGGAGUUGGACAUAGAAUUGCCAGGUAGAUUUACAUCAGCGAUAACGAAAUAUUAUGGCAUAAAUAUGUCGCUUCGUCGAAAUAAGGAUUUGACUGCUGCAAUAAAUGAAAUUCAGUUCAAAUUUAAGUGUUGUGGUACGCAUGGUGAAAAAUCAAGUAAUUAUUCAUGGUUUAUUUAUAGAGGAUCAAGUACGUGGUUUUACGUAACACAAGAGCUAGGUCUAAAAUCGACGGUACAAUACCUCCCAGAAAGUUGUUGUGUUUUAAAAACUCACAAUCUUCAAUUCAAUUCUUUCUCAGAAAUUCAGUCACAAAGUGGUGUUUUCCUAGACAGAGAAUUAUGUAUUGGUUAUAAGUCCCUUGCAACAAGAGAUGAUAUUGCACCUCGUAUUGAUAAUCCAUUACAUACCACUAGAAGUAAUACGUAUCUUCAUGAAAAGGGAUGUGUAACAGUAGUCAAACAAGAGUAUCAACAAUAUGCAAUCAUGUUAGCUGCUUCAGGCACAACUGCUCUCGUGCUAUCUGUAAGUCGUUCUUGUUAUAACAACGAACUCCUGUUUCUUUCGAGUUUCCGAUAAAUAAUACGAUAAUAGGGCAGUACAACAAUUUGGUACACUAUAUAUAGACAACAUCAUGUUAUAACUAGAUGAAAGACUGACGAUCAACAAUCGACUAUCAAAUUAUAAACUAGAUAAUAGUUUAUUCAGCACAAAUUCAAGUAGUUCCAGUGGAGUUCAGAAUGAUAUUCGAGUAGGGAUCAAUUAUAGGGAGAAAUUCAUGAUAUUAAUUAAUGUCAUAACUUUUGGCAAACUGAGUAUUUAUUUUUCUUCGCUCACCUUUCAAUCACAUCUAGCUUUUACCGGUUACAUAUCGGUCCUCAUAAAACAUUCUCACUAAAUGUUGUACUAUUUCUUUUUAUUUAUAUGAAAUUAUUUCUAUUUCAGAUAGUUGGAUUUAUCCUUUCACUUAUUCUAUUAUUCCAUAUUGAAUAUCAACAAUUUGUCAGAAUUACAACGGACUGGAAUAUUAUUACUAGUACAAUUAAUAUACAGUCAUCUAUACCAGACAAUAUCAGCACUACAUCUAAACAGUUAUCAGAGAAUGAAACAUCAGUUAAAGCCUAAAAUAUACUUAUUGCGUUAUAUUACUUUAUGUUUCUGUAUAUAUAUACUGAUAUUUUUAUACAGCAAUCUCUAAUCACAUGUGAUUCAGCUAUAUUGUAUAUUUUUAGAAUGACAAUAUUACUAAACUGUAAAUAAAUAUGAAUUAGGUAGCUGGAAUUUCUGCGUAUAUUGUCAGUUGUAAAUCUAAUUUAUGAUGUUGAAGUUUGACGACACAGAUUUUGAAAUCAAUUGGUUGAACAAGAAAACUUAAAUAUCUGGCUAUUACCAAUAAGCCUAUUAAACUAUUAAGUAAAUCUUUUUGAUCUUAAUUUAGUGUUUACAAAGACCACCUCUUGUUUUAAAACAAUUUUCUUUUAAAACUGAUAUCAUUUAAG